AUGCCUGGUAAAGCUAGACGCAACCGCUCUCCCUUGACGCAACCGCUCUCUGUCAGUCCUCGAGGCUGUUGCAAACUCCGACUCGCGCUAACAGCUCUCGAGCCGUCGAGUGACCAAUUUCCUGGCUCACGAACUAAUUCUAUGGGUACCACUUCCAACCUGUGCCUACCAACUUUCAUGAUACUGGCAUCCAAAGCCCCUUUGCCACCUUGCAUCAUCUUCAUCAGCUACCCCGUGUCUGCCUCCCCGCAAGAUACGGUGCCUACCAAUGCAAAUACGCUGACGACGACAAGGACUGCGAGUUCAAACCUGCAGCUGUCGACGUUGUUGACGGAGACAUAUACGGAGAACGAGGCGUUGAAGAAGAAAUUGACGAAUACGAGGAAACACGCGGAAAAGGCUGAGCGGCUGUUGCAAACGCUAACGGAUGCGUCGUCGUCGUCGCCCUCGUCCGAAUCGUCGGCGAAGUGCGUUAUUAUCGAGUAUGAGGAUCGAGUACAGAGGGCGGAGAUAGCAAGGGACGAAGCGGAGUCAAGGAGAAGGGCCGUCUUGGAGAAUUGGACGCAACUCGAUCGUUGGCUGCAGUUCUUCAUCAACCACGACAACAUCCCGCAGAGCACGCACGCCAAGCUUAGAAAGCAAAUACACCCACCCACCAUCAAAACGAUCCCACGGGAAUGGAGAACCGAGGAUGUCUUAUUCCGACUUGAGUCAUCAUGUCCCCCGGCGAUCACCACAAACCGCACCCACACACCCUCCCUUCGUCACAUUCACAUCUCCAUUGCCAUCAACAACACCAUCCCCAUCAUGCGCUUUCGUGUAGACCCCAUUCAAGGUCUUCAAGUCGCUCUAGCAGCGCUUCAUUGGACAUUGAUGAGAUGCUCUUUGAAGCCACUACAGCCGACGCCAUCAACGGCAUCGCUGCGAAUCAACGACCACAACAACCACCGCAUAUGGCGAGUCUUCCUUUACCAACUACAACCGCAUCUCAAAAUGGGUCCCCGCAUCUGUAGAGCCACCACUCACGAAGACACGCCGAGGAGGGGUAGUAGCAGCAGGCGCGUACACGUUUACGAGGGUCAACAAGCACAAGAGGGGCUGGGCCCAAUCAACGCACCGAUCGUCGCACCGCCCGCCCAAGUCUUCCCAGCCACAAACGCCCAAGGCCAGAGGAUCUGCAGACAAUGCGGUUUCCCAAGACGGUAUAAAGACAACAAGUGCAUUGAAAAAUGGGGCCCUGGGCCGAUGGGUCCUAGGACUGUUUGCGAUCAGUGCUUUAGACACCUAAGGAAUCUUACCAUCUCCGCAUCGCUCCCAUUCAUCCAAUCGUUCGUUGCCAACAUAUCCACGGACCAACUAGACACCUUUGUCUGCCUUUCACCUCCUGAACCAGGAUUUGACAUGAAACUCUUGGUUGAGGACUUUGUUUCGCGCUGGUCUAGCUCCUUACGAUGUUUCGGGCUCAGAUUAACACCAGAGGACGCGGAGGCGGAAGAGUUACCUCUCGACACAUUAAAGCCUUUAUUCCCUUUACACAACCUCUGCACGCUCAGUCUACGUGGAUAA